AUGUACAAACAGAGAGACCUAUCGCAUCUCAAACAAAAGCCUGAGCUUUCAGAAGAAGAUUACGAGCUCAUCAGAGAUGUCGAUCAGAAUGAGACGUUUGCUCUCGUUUUGGCAGCCGUAGACUCCCCUACCGUCUCUAGCAAGAUAUAUGCCGAUUGCAAACUAAGGGGUCUUUCGGUGAACAUAGCCGAUAGGCCACCCCAGUGUGACUUCUACUUUGGCUCUGUUUUGCGAAAGGGAUCGCUUCAGGUCAUGAUAAGCACCAAUGGAAAAUCGCCUAGGUUGGCUAACAGAAUCAAAAUCACCAAGCUGCAGCCCAUGCUUGACCAGAUCGAUUUUGCGCGGGCAGUCGAGAACCUGGGCUUCUUGAGGGAACAAGUGAAGCAACACAAGAUCCAAGGCUCUGAUCUGGACACAAUCAAGAGAAGAAUGGAAUGGAACAAGACUGUGACGGAUAUUUAUUCUGUGGAGGAAUGGGGCCAAUUGACUUCGAAUGAUGUUGAAAAAGUCCUUGAUUACUUCCCUGAAUUUCCACCCAGAUCAAUUGAGGAAUUGCGAAAUGGGUGA